AUGUCUUCAAUCAUCAAUCAAUUAGGCCUCAACACGAGAGUUCCAUACCACUUCUUGUACUACUCGUUGUCCUUUGGGGGUAUUGCCUUCUACUCCUAUGUUGCUUCCCCAAUCAUGAAUAAAAAGUUGACGAAAGAGGAGUACGGCAAAGUCCAGUCUAGCGUGUUUCCGUGUUACUUUGGAUUCCAAACUGUGUCGCCAAUUUUACUCGCUGCCAUCACCCCAUUCAAGUUUUGUCCAUUUAAGGCUGCACUUUUGGCAAUUGCUUCCAUUGCAGGCUGUUUGAACUUGUUCUUAUUCAAACCUAAAUGUCAUGCUUUCAAAGAGGGGGAAGACAAUUUGGAAGCAACUGGCAAGGACAAAAAGGUUGACAGUACACCGACUGAGGAGAUGCAAGCAUUAUCGAAGUGCUUUUCCAGGUGUCAUUUAUUGAGCUCAAUCGUUAACGGUUUGUCAAUUAUCUCUUUGGCUGUGUACGGAUUGACAAUAGCAAGAGGAUUGAGUAAGAUUAAGUACUAA